AUGUCGCAGUACAACGAUGGUCAAGAGUUCGAAGAAAGUGGCCCCUUGCUAAUCGCCCAUAUGGAGAAAAGCGGAAUUUCUUCAAUGGACAUCAAAAAACUUAAAGAAGCCGGAUUUUAUACAAUCGAAUCGAUUGCAUAUGCACCAAAGAAGCAUCUUUUGGCAAUCAAGGGAAUUUCAGAAACCAAGGCCGACAAACUUUUGGCUGAAGCUGCCAAACUUGUCAACCUGGGAUUCACAACAGCAAUGGAAGUACACACUAGACGACAGGAUAUUGUUACCAUAACGACCGGAUCUAAGGAUUUGGAUAAAGCACUAGGAGGUGGCAUUGAGACUGGAUCAAUCACAGAAAUUUUUGGUGAAUUCAGAACAGGAAAAAGUCAACUGUGUCAUAUGUUAUCUGUGACAUGCCAGCUUCCUAUUGAUGCUGGUGGAGGACAAGGAAAGUGUAUGUACAUUGAUACCGAGGGUACAUUCCGACCUACUCGUAUAUUGGCUGUGUCGCAACGUUAUGGCAUGGACAACGAGAGUACUUUGGAUAACAUUGCUUAUGCGCGAGCUUAUAACACUGAUCAUCAAUCUUCACUGUUAUUACAAGCAGCAGCAAUGAUGUCAGAAUCAAGAUUUGCAAUUUUAAUUGUGGAUAGUGCGAUGGCUUUGUAUCGCACUGAUUAUUCGGGAAGAGGUGAAUUAGCGGCACGGCAAACUCAUUUGGCUCAAUUUCUUCGUCAGUUGCAAAGGCUGGCUGAUGAGUUUGGAAUUGCAGUUGUUAUUACUAAUCAAGUGGUAGCUCAAGUAGACGGUGGAGCAUCCAUGUUUAAUCCUGACCCAAAAAAGCCGGCUGGUGGAAAUAUCAUUGCUCAUGCAUCUUGUACAAGACUUUAUCUCAGAAAGGGUCGCGGUGAGAAUCGUAUUUGCAAAAUAUACGACUCUCCUUCUCUUCCCGAGAACGAAUGUACCUUUUCCAUCACUGAGGAUGGUAUCUCUGAUGCCGUUGAGUAA